AUCUACUCUUCUAAACCUAGUGCGCAGGGAGUCAGCACCGUGCGCACCAUGGCACCCCAGAACCUCCGCAACCUGGAACCUCCGCACCUCAGAACCCCCGCAACCUGGCACCCUAGAACUUCUGCGCCAUAAAACCACCGCAACCUGGCAUCCUAGAACCUCCGUAUCUUGGCAGUUGCGUCGUGAACGAGCGCUGGCCGAGCGUGGCAUUUGUGUACUUACUUAUGUUCUAUUACUUUUAUUAUGCUUUAAUACUUGUUCUUAUAUAGGGUUAGCAACUAGUUGUGGUGGUCUGGGACUGUGGUUUGUUGGUGGGGUAAUGGGGCGUAGCUAUGCGGUACGGCCGCAAAGCAUUGCUUCGCACAGCCGUUCCUCCUUACUCCUCCGACACUUUCCUUUCCCUCUCCGCUCUCCGUAGUUCCCGCAUUAUAGUGGCGGCGAACCUAGUGGUGGCAUCCCACGCCUUGGGAUUCGCUACCAUGAGCGGCACGAUCCCUCCGACGCUAAUGCUGCUGGCUAGCUCAUCCUCUAGCUGGCGCCUCUCGUACUCGAAACGGUGGCAUUCAAAGAAGACGUGGUUCUCCUUUGGCACUCAUCGCUACGUACAUAUGUAUGUAUGUAUACUUACCCAUCAAUAACGCGACUUUGAACGUAUAUACAUGUGCAAACAGAGAAAAUGUAUGUACAUAUGUACUAUGUCCUUUCAAAAUACUUACUAUCAAUGUACUUUCCUACUUGGCUCUAAUGCGACUUCAUAGGGGGACAACUGGCUCUUUCGUUUCACUGCACAUAGACAUGUGCAUUUUUUCACUCGCAAUCGACUAUCCUUCUUGAGAGCGCCUUGGACCCUCAUGACUCAUCCAUUAGUCUUGUUUGAGUUGUUUGUGCAGAAAUAUAUAUUCUUCUCAUUGAUUUGAAUAAGUCUAUUACCUAACAUACACCUUUAAUGGGCCUCCCAUAGACCCACAAAACUCCGUCAUAGUCUGUUCUUUUCUUCACGGCUCACUCUUCCUGAGCUGAGGUUUUUGAAUAACUUUUCUUGCGACCCCCGACCAAUAUUCAUAGAGAUUGCAAUUUAGACCUUAACCUCCCCUCCUGUAGUUCCUCUUCUGCACUUUUUUGUCUUUGAGUAGCAGAUGUUGUUGUUUGGGUUCGUAAACCAUAAUUAAAUUGGCAAACGUAAAAAAGACAAGAGCCAUCAGACAGAAAAUACCGUAGAUACUCUGCCCUACAUGGUAUUUUUUUUUUCUGUGUAUUUUGCAUUAAUGGCGGAAUUUUGUCACUCGCAAUCGACUAUCCUUCUUGAGAGCUGUUCUCUUAAGCUGUUCUCCGUCCGCACACGCAGCAGCAUCUUAAGAUUCAUGAAGAAGAAUAUACGAAUUAGUACUCCCCUGUGUAUAAAAAAAAUGGUGCGCAAAGCCAGUUCCAGCGAAAAUUGUUAUAUUCGUUGACGCAGGUUGCCUGAUGCACAAGAAGAUGGCUAGAAAAAAAUAUAUACACAGAAUGUGUAGAUUGUUGUCUUUUUGGGGUCUUAUACUGCUCCCAAACUCAAAUUUUGUGCACUAUACUAUACUAUUAAAUAAAUAAUAAUUUACU